AUGGCGGCGCCACAUCGGCCGAGGCCCCUUCCCAAGGACCAACACAUCUGGCUCGUGACGGGUCCUGCGGGAUGUGGGAAGAGCACGGUAGCCAAGCACAUUGCAGAUUCGCUUCACUUCCCUUUCAUUGAGGGUGAUGAGUACCACCCCAAGGCCAACAUCGACAAGAUGAGCGCCGGCAUCCCCCUGACCGACGCGGAUCGGUGGGAUUGGCUGACGGCCCUCCGCGAAGCAUCCAUCCACGAAUUGGACAAGGGCAGUGACGGCGUGGUCUUGACCUGCUCGGCGCUCAAGCGCAAAUAUCGCGAUGUCAUCCGAGUCGCCCCCUAUUUCACCCCCAACGUACAUCUCCACUUCAUCUACCUCGACGCCCCCGAGGAGGUCCUCCUGCAGAGGGUAUCCGCCCGCAAGAACCACUACAUGGGCGCCAACAUGGUCCACAGCCAAUUCGAAGUCCUCGAGCGGCCCACGCCCGACGAAAUUGACGUCAUCACCAUCGACGUGACCCAAUCACAGGAGGCAGUAAAGGCCGAUGCUCUCGAUCGGGCAAACAAGACCAUGCACAGCACUCAGUCAUGA